CGCUGGGUGCCCGUCGACCGAGCGUAGCAGCGAUAGAGCUUCCCGUGCCUCCUCCUCCGCUUCCAGCUCGUCCAUAGCGCACACAGCCGCCAUGCUGCCGUCCUCCAUCGCUGCUUUGGGGCGGGACGAGGCGGGGCUGGGCGCCGGUCAGCCCUCCCGGUUCGGCCCCUUGCUGCUGAGCUGACGAGGGCGGACAUGAGCGGCUGCGGGCUGCUGCGGGGCCUGAGGCAGCAUCUGCCUCUCCUGGCCGCUGGGAGAUGCUCCAGAAGACCCCACGUGGCUGCCCAAUGGCACACAUACAGCACUACUCAAGACACCUCAAACAGACCCAUCGGGCGAUACCCGGUGCCGAAUAAGAAGGACAUGCUUGUGGAGCUCAUGGAGGAAAUAGAAGUGAAGACUGGAUUCCUGCCCAACGUGUUCAAAGUCAUGUCUCACCGACCUGCUGAAUUCAGGGCAUUUUUUGCUUAUUACAAUGUCAUCAUGAACAAAGAGACAGGGCGACUCAGCAAGGCGGACAAGGAACUCAUCAUUGUGGCCACAAGUGCUGUGAAUAGAUGUCCCUACUGUGUGGUUGCACAUGGAGCUCUUCAUCGGAUAUAUUCCAAGCAGCCAACGCUGGCUGACCAGGUCGUAGUGAACUGGAAGCUGUCAGAUCUGAGCAGCCGCGAUCUGGCCAUGCUGGAGUUUGCUCUGGCAAUCUGCCGUUCUGAUAACAUCACAGAGGAGCACUUCCAAAAGCUGGAAUCUCAUGGCUUUGACCGUGAGGACGCGUGGGACAUCGCCAUGAUCACCGCUUUCUUCGCCAUGUCUAAUCGCAUCGCUCAUUUUAUCGACCUACGCCCUAACAACGAGUUCUACAACAUGGGCAGGGCACCGCAUGAGGCGGGCAGGGAUCGUAGUUGAAGUUAUUCGGGCAGUAGAUUUGUUUUAAAUAUAUAAAAAGUAAAAGAAAA